AUGCCUCCCACCCGCGAAGAGCUCGUAUCCACGGCCCUAAACUUCAUCGCCCAAUUCGCCAAACUCGACGUCGACUCGGUCCUGUCGUUCCUGUCCCCCAACUGCACCCUCCGCUCCUUCCCAUCCAGUCUAGGCAAACCGGCUUUGCAAACCAAAGAAGAAAGCAAGGCGGACUUCCAAGGGCUAAAGGAUUUUUUCCAAAAUUUCCAGCUACGUGUCAAGGAUGGAUCGGAGCCAGUCGUUGACGAGCCUGCGAGAAGGGUUGUACUGCACAUUGAAGGGAAGGGGGAUUCUCUGGUUGGUCGGUUUGAGACCGAGUACAUUUACAUUCUGCGGAUGAAUGAGGAGGGAACCAUGGUAGAGGACUUUUUCCAGUUUGCGGAUUCGGCGACGAGGGAUGCGUGGGGGAAGAAGAUUGAGGCGCAUUUUUCGGCGAGGAAUUAA